CAGGAUGCGGGAGGGGAGCGCGGGCGGCCGCGGCGCGGAGAACCGGACGGGCGCCGAGCCCCCGCUGCACCUGUUCCCCGUGCCCGUGCUCACCGGCAUCACCGUCGCCUGCGUCCUGCUCUUCGUCAUCGGGAUCAUCGGCAACCUCAUGACUAUGCUGGUGGUGUCGCGGUUCCGGGACAUGAGGACCACCACCAACUUCUACCUGUCCAGCAUGGCCUUCUCCGACCUGCUCAUCUUCCUCUGCAUGCCCCUGGACCUCUUCCGCCUCUGGCAGUACCGGCCCUGGAACUUCGGGAACCUCCUCUGCAAGCUCUUCCAGUUCAUCAGCGAGAGCUGCACCUACUCCACCAUCCUCAACAUCACGGCGCUCAGCGUGGAGCGGUACGUCGCCAUCUGCUUCCCCCUGCGAGCUAAAGUCAUCAUCACCAAGGGGAAGGUCAAGCUGGUCAUCCUCUUCCUCUGGGCCAUCUCCUUCAUCAGCGCCGGCCCCAUCUUCAUCCUGGUGGGGGUCGAGCACGAGAACGGCACGAACCCCCUGAGCACCAACGAGUGCCGAGCCACAGAGUACGCCAUCCGCUCGGGGCUGCUCACCAUCAUGGUCUGGACCUCCAGCAUCUUCUUCUUCCUGCCUGUGUUCUGCCUGACCGUGCUGUACAGCCUCAUCGGGAGGAAGCUCUGGAGGAGGAAGAGAAAGAACAUCGGUCCAAACACUGCCAUCAGGGAUAAGAACAACAAGCAAACUGUGAAAAUGUUAGUCGUGGUGGUAUUUGCGUUCAUACUCUGCUGGUUGCCUUUUCACGUAGGACGCUACUUAUUUUCCAAAUCCUUCGAAGCCGGCUCCCUGGAGAUAGCAGUGAUCAGCCAGUACUGCAACCUGGUGUCCUUUGUCCUCUUCUACCUUAGCGCAGCCAUCAACCCCAUCCUCUACAACAUCAUGUCGAGGAAGUACCGCGUGGCCGCCUGCCGCCUGCUGGGCCUGCGCGCCCUGCCCCAGCAGAGCCUCCCCAGCAGCAAGCAGGGCAGCUCCCGCGGCUGGACAGAGCCCGGCGUCGCCACAUGACACCGGGCACCCCGUGUCACCCGCCGAGUCCCCAGCAAGCCAAAACGGGAGGGAGGAGGGCAAGGAACGGGAACCCCAAGGCUGAAAGCGCCACUUGGGUCAUGGCCCGCGUGGGCUGAGAGGCGCGGCGCGGGCAGCGAAAGAUCCGAGGGGAAAAUCCUGAAGUGUGGGACUCUGAGAGGAGAGAGGCGGUCACAGAUUUGGGCUCCAGGUGUUAUUUUUGUGCUGCUUUUGCCCGUUUGAUUUUUUAACGCUGACUUUAGCCCAGACCCGUCCUGAGCAGGCAAACGUGGCCCACUUCACUCGAGAGUUUGUACGACUUCAGCAGCGCCAAUUCCAGCUGAAUUUUUCCAGAGUUAGCUUUAGUUUUGCUAAGAAUUUUGCUAGCAUCUAAUCAGACCCUAGAGAGAGAAUACUGAAUUGCUUUUUUGGAGUAGUAAACAGGAAAUUUGAUACACUUUUCAUAAUAUCAAUUUUUAAGUAAGCUCAUGUUUUUCUUGGAAUGAGGAAAAUUAUUUCUUAAAAAAAAAAAAAAGAGAUAUAAAAUGGAUAAUUUUUAAACAUGCUAAAAAUAAGUAACCUUCAUGUCACAUCCAAGUAGAAAGGAAACAAAAAAAUGCUUUCACAGAAGUGGCUUAGAAUGUGACUGUACUGAAAUAUUUUUUUUAAAAUAUAUAUCAGUGGGACAAGGACAGUGCUGAUUUCAGGCCUGCAGUGAUGCUAUAAAAAUGUGGAAUGCAAUCACCCACCAAAGUCUCUUUUUUUUUUUUUUUUUUUUACUAGCUAAAUAACCUGUACUUGUUCUGUUCAGUUUGACUGUGAAUGACUUGAUGUGUUUGAACUUGGAAGCUUUUAAUUGUUUCAGUAUUUGUAAUGAAUUUGUGGCUACCUGUCCCUGACUGCGUCCCACCACAUCCCAAAGCUUGCUGAGGACAGGUAUCCUGCCUGUACACCCCCCAUGGUUCUGUUUAAAGUCUGUCCCAGUGCCACAUCCCCCUGUAAAGCCUGGUGUGCAUUUGUGCUCGUUUGCUGCAGCAUUGAAUUGAGAACAUUUUGCAUUUUUUAACCACCGUGACCUGAGAAAAUAAUAGAAAAAAUCUGCAUUAAAGAACAUAGGCAGACACAUUCUCAUACUUGAUUCAUAAACCCCUUAAAUUAGAUUUUCAUACCUCAAGUGUGCCAUUUCAAGGCAAACCAGAAAACGUUUCAUCUUCUGUGCUAAUGAAUGUGGCUUAUAUUGUCUCACCAACAUGUGGGGUUUGUGCCCCACAGAGCUGACAGAGCUUUGGAGCAUGCACGUGUGAUAGCAGCUUUCUGUUCAUUUGGUUCUAGUGCUCAUCCCCAGCUGGCCCACAGCCCUCUGUCCCUGAUGAGUUUUAAUUGUCCCUCGUGAAUUGUGUGCCAGCAAAACUCUCCUGCCUCCAACCCCCCGGUCACACCCAUGGGCCACUUCCCCCUGUUACACCUUCAGCUGCUCAGGCUGAACUCACAAGAGAAAUUGGCCUCUUCUGUAUAGUCAGUGUAUUUUCUGUCACCUUGCUGGGGCCAGGGGCUGGUUGCUGCUCCUUGGUGGCACCUGAGCCUGUCCCCUCCCCACUCCAGGAGUGCAAACACCCACACUGAGGCACUGCAGCAUCACCUCCUGCUCCACCUCUGCCCGCAGGCACCUGGCUGUCCACGCUGCUCUCUCACUCACUGACUGGCACGCAGGUCUGGUGGCAGAAUUCAUGCAACUCAGGGAAACAAGACAUUUGGGAACCAAGGAAGGAGGGUGCAGAUGUGAGCUCAGUUAACAAAUGUCUGUACAAACAAACCACACACACCCCCGGCGUCACAUCGGUGUUCCAAAUCUCAGCUGUGUCUGUGCUGUUAAAUGUGAACAGAAAAAGAAAUAAAGUAAUCAGACCCUUUAUAA